UGUGGAUAACCUCACAUAUCAAAUGUCAAAUAUAACAUUUUAAACCUAAACGGAGACAACCUGAUUUACCUGAUCUUAAUUCUUAAAUGACUCUUGAAUAAGAUGAGUCUACCCUCUCUGCAUCACUUUCGCUUUUCCAAUUUAGUACUGAAAACCGCUAUUGGGCUUCAAAUAUGUCCAAAAAGAUAUGGACAUCAUAUAAGAGGAAAACCUCCAGGCAAAGCGCGAAGCAUUGAUCAAAGAUUAGAAGAACUCAAUUAUAAAGACCCUGAACUGUCCAGACGCAUUGACAUAGGAUUACCGUUAGGUAGACCGAGUGAGAAAACUAAGCAAAAACAAAUAGAAUUUCUGAAAAAUGUCCGACAAAAUAUGAAAAUGGAAAAGGAAUCUAGGAAUAAAACAUUGAGGAUUGAUUUGGAUGAAACUUACAAAGAAUGGUCAGCAACAGUAGCACCACAGUUUAUAAAAACUAUUGCCGAUCACUAUGGUAUAUUCAGAGACCUUUAUGGAGACGCCUACUUCAAUCCAAAAGUAGCUUUAAAUGUCUCAUUUUCUUCUGGUGAUGUUUUACACCCAGUAUACUAUGGUAAUACGAUUAAACCUAGUGAUGCCCAAGAGAAACCUCAAUUGAGUUUUGUCUGUGAAAAAGAUACUUUAUGGACAUUAAUCUUAACCAAUCUUGAUGGACAUUUUACUGAAAGUGAGAAGGAAUAUGUGCACUGGUUUGUCGGUAAUAUUCCAGAGGCAAAUAUAGAGGGAGGUGAAACUAUAGUUAAUUAUUUACAACCCUUCCCACCUAAAGGUACUGGGUACCAUAGAUUUGCAUUCGUUUUGUAUAAACAAGACAAAAGAAUUGACUUUUCCAAUUUGAGAUGUAAUGAUAUUAGCGAUUAUGAUUUACAAGCAAGAACUUUCUCUACUCUAGAGUUUUAUAGACAGCAUCAGGAUCAUAUGACACCAGCAGGCCUAGCAUUCUUUCAAUCUCAUUGGGAGGCAUCACUGAAAGAUUUUUAUCAUGAUAAAUUACAAAUGAAGGAGCCUAGGUUUGAAUAUGAUUUUGAGCCACCCUACAUUCGUCCUCAGGAAUGGUUCCCCUUACGCAUGCCCUUCAAUCUGUACAUGGAUAAAUACAGAGAUCCCAAAAAAAUCAACAAAGAAUUUCUUGAGAGGAAGAUGCAGAAAGUGCAUCCAUUCAAAGAUCUAUCAACUCCUCUUCCAUUUCCUAAUGCAGAACCAUGGAGCAAACAAUACAUACCUUCAUGGUUGAAAUUGGAAAUUACAAAGUCUAGGCUUAAAUGGGGUAGAAUUAAUGACAUUGAAUGAAUAAAAAUAAUGUAUAUAUGCUUCUAGAGAAAAUUUCCUCAUUUUGAAUUAUGUUUCAGUGAACCUAACUUUUGUAUUUAAAUUCAGUUGAUGAAUUGAAUAUUGUACUAUACCUGUCCUUUAAUUUCUAUUUCAUUAACUUUGUAAAUUUAAAGAAAAUUUAUGAAAGAAUGAAUAUCAUCAGAGUUAAUGUGAUGUAAGAAUUGAACACACUGUAUUCUGCUGAAAAUAAAAAUAUUGAUUGAAUAAAUGAAUUAAUCAUCUUAGAAAAA